AUAUAAAUAGACGAAAAGGCAAAGUAUAGCUAAUCAGAAAUAUGUUUGUACAAUUGGGGUUGGUGCUUCUACUUUCGCGGGGACUUCUUGGCGAGUCUGAUUUUACGGAUUUUGACGGAGAUACGCGAAUCAUAGGGGGUCAAGAUGCUAAAGAGGGCUUGGCGACUUACCAAGUCUCCAUACGUAUGCACAACAAGAAACAACAAUGGCACAUGUGUGGCGGAUCUAUCAUACACGAAGAAUGGAUUUUAACAGCUGGUCACUGCACAUAUGGUGUUCAUGCCCAAGAAGUGUUCAUAGUGGUUGGAUCAACCCAACUGAGCUCAGGUGGCGACCGUUACAUAAUAAAGAAAAUUAUCACUCACGAGAAAUACGCAAAAAAAGAUUUGAGAAAUGACAUUGCUCUAAUGAAAGUCUACGGUAAAAUCAAAAUGAAAAGGAACGUUAGGGCAAUCAAAUUGAGGAAACAGCCAGUGGCUGCUGGUACAACUUUAGCUCUGACAGGAUGGGGGCAUAUUAACAAUCAAGGAAAUGUGCCGAACAAACUUCAAAUUCUGUUCUUCAGGAGUAUUAACAACAAGGAGUGCAACAAGAGGUUAAAAGGUUUCAAUUUCGCACCAAUCGAUGACAAACAGCUCUGCGUGAGAGGUCCAGAUAAUAAGGGUGCUUGUAGAGUAAGUUUAACUUAUUGACUUAGGAUAAGAUUCGGAUUUUCGGGUUCGUUGCCAUGGUUACCACUCCUUUUUCCUCGAGGUUAAUAACUUAGUGA